CUGAGUCGGCGCCACAGAUGGCGGCUGCGAGGCCCCAGUGAGCGCCCAGCCACCAGCCAGCGGAGAGCGGUGAUGCGCCAUGCUGUCCUACAUGCUGCCGGUGGAGGAGAAGCCGCCGCUGCCCAAGAACAUGCAGCUGCAGCUGGAGCUGCGCGGCGUGCGCGCCAGCGCCACCGACAGUAGCGUCAGCACCACCAGCAGCUCCGCCGACACCAACACCAGCACCAGCACCAGCGCCACGGCCACGGCGGGCACGCCCACGCCCACCGCCGACCCCGCGCCGGCGCCGCCGCCCGCCAAGACGCACCGCAACAAGCUCGUCGUCAACGGCACCAAGCACCCCCCGCUCAAAAGGGUGUCCUUCGGCAGCUCCAAGGGCUCUAUGGUGGAGACGCUGAUCUACGAGAGCCCUGUUCAGGAGGAGCCGGAGGCGAGCCCCAUCCUGGAGGACGCGACCCCUUUCCCGGCGGACGCCGACUCCGAAUCGGAGCCGAGCAAGCGAGUGCGGGUGACGUUCUUCGAGUCGCUGCGGCCGCUGGUGGUGAGCUCGCCGUCGCCGGAGCCGAACGCAGACCUGGUGGAGCCGGCGCCGCUGCAUGCGGCCACGCCCCUCGCCGUAACCAUGGCCACCGCCGUCGCCGAGCACACGACCGUCUACACGCGCCAGGAGAGCACGGACAGCGGCUGGGACAACCCGUUCCGCCCGGAUGGCGACCUGAGCCGCGAGGCAGAUGAGAUAGUGGAGCUGAUCAAGGGCGGCAAGCCCAUCACGCCAACGCCGGGCAGCACGGCGCCGCAGCUGCCGGAACCCGCCGCUGCCGCCAGCGCCAUCGCCGGCGACGGCAAGGCGGCGGCAGCAGCGAACGCCGACGGCGCGCAGUCGCCGCAGCUGCAGCAGCAGCAACAGCAGCUGCAGGCCGCCAGCCCCCAGCUGGCCGCCAAGCAGGCGUCGCCGCUGCAGCAGCAGGUGGCCAACAGCAAGCCCGCCACGGGCGCCGGCGCCAACGGCAAUGCCCCCGGGGCCGCUGCCAACGCCGCCCCCGACAGCAAGCCGGCGGCGGUCGAGGUGCAGCGCGGCACUGUCGUCCAACCCAGCGAUGCCUCCCAGGUGGAGCACGUCGUCAUCAAGAAGAAGCCCAAGUGCAAGUGCUGCGUCAUACAGUAGACGGCCGACCGCCUCCACCAUCCACUCGAAUCGCACUGCACGGAGUGAACAUUUGCGAUGGCUUUCUCGUCACUUCUCCCCGGUCCACUAAACUUUUCACGAAUCUCGCUAAACGGACAAAACCAUCCGCGCUUCGGAAACGAGUAUUUGACGGACGUAGCAAUUCGGAGAGCUUACGUAUGCGAGAAUUUAAAAUUUCGUUGCAGACCGUUCCGUCAAAGAGCAAAUUUAUAAGCGUACGACUAACAAUAUUUCCAUUUUGAAUUCUUCUCCAAACGACACAAGAUUACAAGAGUUAUUACCCACUUCAGUUUCAUUAAAGGGUUUUUACAAAUAAGUGCAUCACAUUGUCAAACACAAUUUGCUGCAGAGAAAAUUUUUUAAAAAAUAAAGUUUGACCAUCAGUUCUCGAUGAAUUGUAUAUUAAGAAACUGACCAGUAGAAACAUAACUGCACUUCCCACUACACUAUCAGAAUAGAGAAAACUUAAAAAAAAAAAAAAAAAAAAACAUAACACGCAAAUGUUCACUGCCACACUGAGGACCAUUAUCCGCUGUUUCAUCUCUCCUCAUUUACCUUUCAGCGCCCCUCCUGUCAAUUCAGCAAAAUGCAUUUUGUUAAUAAAAUAGAAAGGCCAAUUCGUAUGAAAAAUUAUUCUCCAGUGUGGAAAAACUGACAAGUUGCCUGCAAUCACCGAUAGUGCUAAUAUAAAUGUGUAUAAUGAAAAAAAAACUUUGUACAAGAGUUAUGGACUAUUGUACAGUUAAAGUUCGUGUGGUGCAUUAUUUCUGCUUGUGCUUCUGACAUAGACACUUGCAUAACAUACAGACUUCUGAAAGGAGGAAGAAACUGAUGCUUAAUCGUGAAGAGUGGAGUUCAGGUUAGCCUUCUGCUUCUGUCUGGGGGUAACAGUUGGUAAGGUAUAAGAAAAGACUGUUGCAGACAUUUUGUCCUGCCGGUGGGACUGUGCACCCUAGCUGCAGGGACUAAAGGUUCCUUAGUGUACAGAGAUGGAUGUGACCGUCACCAGAGUUUGUGAAUUUCUAAAAUAAAAUUAUUAUAAUAUUAAUAAACUCAUUAUAUAUUAUUAAUCAGAGCUUUAGAAAAUCUGCAGUAUAUAUUUUAACUCUGUAUUUAGAAGAGAUGUGAUUAACUAUGUUGGAAAGUUGAAGGGUUGGGCAUCCAAAUAAAGUAACAAAAUUAAAAAUUUGAGUCCAACAUUUAAGUUCUAAGUCGCCAUUUUUAACUGAUUUAUUUUCCUUAUUACUGUUCAAUAAUAUAGAAACAGUGAUAGCUGUAAUUUAUUCAUUAUUAUUACUGUCACUAACAUUUGUAAUUUAAUUUUUCUUUAUGCUUAAAUUAAAAAAUAUAUUGUAUAUAAAACACCA